UCACUGUCAACAUCACGGCUGCCAACGACAGGCCACCGGUAUUCAUAGAUUAUGAUGUGUUUGAAAUACAACAAAAGCAGCUUUAGAAGACCCAUUUCUGCCACAGACGCUGAUGUAGGGGUCAAUGGUCUAGUGAGGUACAGCAUCAGCCGGACCUACCCUCGUGGUCUGGACUCCCACUUCGCUGUGGACGGCGUCACCGGUGUUCUCUCUGUAGUCGCUCCUCUGGUAAACAGUAGCAGUAGCCAGGUUGCUGUAUCGGUGCGGGCCACGGACUCUGGCACACGGCCACUCUACUCAGAUGUUAAUGUUACAAUUAGUCUGCUGACACCAGGGAGCACGUGCACAUGUGAAGAAACAGGUAAAUGGCCCGACAAAGCUGGUAAAUCUCGUGGACUUGGUACAUGGCAUGUCAUACUUGUUAUGUUUUUCAAUAGUGUCUGCAAUGGAAGCUAGAAACGUUGACUUCUC